AUGCAGGAGUGCUACGACUUCAUCGAGUGGCUCUUAGAGGGCAACAACACACAGACGGCGCCAGAGGCGCUCGCAGAUGCCAGCAGCAUCAAGGGAGCUCAGCAGACCAUCCACGAAACGAUGCCAGGGAUCUGCGCCCGGCCAUGCAAGACCGAGUCGCUGCAGUGCUACCCGAACUGCGCAGACACGGGUGGGGCAGGAGCUGGCAGUGGUUCGUCGGAGAUGAGUGGAGCCCCCACGAGAGCUUUCGGGGCUGUGGCGACCCUCCUGGCUGCUGCUUUGAUCUGCUGA